AUGCUGUUCAAGUCACUCUUUCUUGUGCACCUGGCAGCGGCGCAGGAGUUGAUGCGCUUCGGCUGUUCUCAACUUACGGUCGACCAAAUUGAUCCCCUAGUUGAGCCAGGCAACGUCCCUUCUGCGCACAUGCACCAAAUUGUUGGCGGCAACUCUUUCAACGCUUCCAUGACCCCUGGCUCUCAUGACCCUCCAACUGUAUCGACCUGCACCAGCUGCACCUACUCUGAGGACUUUUCCAACUACUGGACUGCCAAUGUGUACUUCAAGGCACGCAAUGGAACAUUCAAACGCGUCCCACAGGUGGUCAACUUGGGUCUUGGCACGAAAGCCGGCAUGACAAUCUAUUAUAUCAGAGGUUAUCAGUCGAGCGCCAAGGUCACGGCCUUCCCCAAGGGUUUCCGUAUGCUAGUUGGUGACCCGAUGAACCGUGUGGCCAACAAGGUCCCAAAAGGAAAUUGUUGGCGAUGUGAGGCAAACAUGCAGCAGAGUCCCUUCGGUGGAGCGCCAUGCACUGGCUCUGAUACUCCAGGCUUCCCCAAAGCGGCCUGUGGAGGUGGAUGGAGAAUGACUGUUACCUUCCCGUCAUGUUGGGAUGGUAAGAACACUGACAGCCCCGAUCACAAGAGCCACGUUGCGUACCCAGCAAGCGGCACGUUUGAGUCAGGCGGCGCGUGCCCGUCAACGCACCCUGUCAAGAUUCCUCAGGUCAUGUACGAGGCCAUCUUCGACACUCGUCAGUUCAACAACAAAGCCGACUGGCCUGCUGAUGGCUCGCAGCCAUUCUAUUUGAGCAUGGGUGAUAACACUGGUUACGGUAUUCAUGGGGAUUACUUGUUUGGCUGGCAGGGUGAUGCGCUGCAGAAGGCCAUGGACACAAAGUGCGCAAAUGACAACUGUGCAGCUCUCAAGAGGCAAAGCAACGCGCAGGCCAUCGCAUGCACCAAGGCACAGGCAUCCAAGGAGAAUAUUGGUGACGAUCAAUGGCUCAAGAAUCUUCCAGGCGCCAUCACGCAGUUCUAA